GCCCCAAACAUCACGUGAUCCCGGAAGUAGGCGUGGUUACAGCAGUAGUUCCCGUCGCCGGUUAGGAAACAGUUUCGCUAGUUGAGGGGCACGUGGAUGGUUUAACCGGAAAAAAUAGAUCGUUAAUAUGGAUCACAGUGGUGAGAAGGGGAACUUAUCGCAGGUGCAGCAUGUGGUGUUGGUGCUAUCGGGAAAAGGUGGGGUGGGCAAAAGCACCCUGACCACAGAGCUUGCCUUAGCACUCCGUCAUGCAGGCAAAACGGUCGGUAUCCUGGAUGUGGACCUGUGUGGCCCCAGUAUUCCCCGGAUGCUCGGCGCUGACCAGCAGGUGGUGCACCAGUGCGAUGCGGGCUGGGUGCCCGUCUACACAGACACCCAGAAAAGCCUGGCCCUCAUGUCCAUCGGCUUCCUGCUGGAGAGCCCCGACGAGGCCGUGGUGUGGAGAGGCCCCAAAAAAACAGCUUUAAUUGGCCAGUUUGUGUCAGACGUGGCCUGGGGUGAGCUCGAUUUCCUCCUGGUGGAUACGCCGCCUGGCACCUCCGAUGAGCACCUUGCAGUGGUGGAGAACCUGCGCAAACACAAGGUGGACGGGGCCAUUCUGGUCACUACUCCGCAGGCCGUGUCUACAGGUGACGUCCGACGGGAGAUCACAUUCUGUAAGAAGAUAGGCCUGCGUAUUCUGGGCAUUGUGGAGAACAUGAGUGGCUUUGUGUGCCCACAUUGUUCAGAAUGCAGCAAUAUAUUCUCAAAAGGUGGCGGGGAAGAGUUGGCAAAGUUGACUGGAUCACCAUUUUUAGGUUGUGUGCCCCUGGACCCCCAGCUCACCGCUAGCAUAGAAGAAGGCAAGGACUUCAUGCAGGCAUUUCCAGAGAGCUCCACUUUCAGCUCCAUCAACCGCAUCGCACAGGCUGUGAUGGCCAGCACAGAGGCUGCUUGAGGGAGAUGCAAGGCAGUGUGGGACGCUGCUGCUUUCUGUACUUUGUGUAGCACUUGAUUUUCAAAAUGAUUGAUAUAACCUUGUUUUGCCAGCAAAAUAAAUUCAUGGAUAUUACUCGUAAUCUACAAAUUAAAUCUCGUAAUCUAUUUUUGUACUUGGUGUAUAGUUCAGUGAACUUGUAUCUCAAGAUGGUUUUGUAAUUUUCACAUGCAUGUGUGUGUGUCCAGUGAUGUACUGGCAUCCCUGAUUCCCUGAUCUGUGGUGCCAGGGAUAGGGCCCAGAUCCUGCCUGCAAGGCUGAACAGGAUUAACGACUGGGAGAUGGAUGGAUGAUUGGUGGAUGAAAGUUAAAAUUAAUGGCCACUGUGUUUGGAGGAUAUGUGUAUUUUUAAAAAUAAACUUGACCCAAACAUUA